UAUAUAUUCUCCCUUCUCCGUUUUCCUCUUCGACCUUCGACCAUAAAUACGCACGUGCACCGAGGACGGCGUCACCCACAAACAAAUCCCAGACAUUCAUUCGCAUGGAAAGCAAACGAAACAGCCCCACCGUAACGUCGGCCAACUUCCCCGGCGACUCCAACGGCGUCGUCGGUAAGAGAUCCUUCCUCAGGGAAUUGCCCGAACCCGACGUCUUCAUCGUCACCGCCGGCGGCCGGCGCAUCCCUGCGCAUACCGGAAUUCUGGCAUCGGUGUCGCCGGUACUGGAGAACCUCAUAUACAGGCCCACCAAGCGCCGGAGCUCCGAGAAGAUCGUUCCGAUUCUCGGCGUUCCCUGCGACGCCGUCUCCGCUUUCGUCGAGUUCGUCUACUCCUCCAGGUGCACGAAGGAGGAGAUGGAGAAGUACGAGGUGCAUCUGCUGGCGCUGGCCCACGUGUACUCGGUCCCCCAGCUGAAGCAGAGAUGCGUCCAGAGCUUGCAUCGACGGCUGACCGUCGACAACGUGGUGGACGUCCUCCAGCUGUCGAGGCUCUGCAACUCGCCGGCGCUCUACGUGCGGUGCUUGAAGCUCGUGUACCACCACUUGAAGGCUGUCGAGCAAACCGAAGGCUGGAGGUUCCUGCAGCGCCACGACCCCUGGCUCGAGCUCGACAUCCUCCAGUUCAUCGACGAAUCGGAAUCGAGGAAGAAGAGAGCGAAGCGGCGGAGAGAAGAGCAGGAGCUGUACCUGCAGCUGAGCGAGGCGAUGGACUGCCUGGAGCACAUCUGCACGGAAGGGUGCACGAGCGUGGGCCCGCACGACGUGGACCCGACCAAGGCGGCGGCGGCGAGGAAGAAGGAGCCGUGCGGCAAGUUCGCCACCUGCCAGGGGCUGCAGAUGCUGAUCCGCCACUUCGCCGCGUGCGAGAAGCGGGUGAGCGGAGGUUGCCACGGGUGCAAGAGCAUGUGGCGGCUCCUCCGGCUGCACUCCGCCAUCUGCGACCAGCCCGGCUCCUGCAAGGUCCCCCUCUGCAGGCAGCUCAAGUUGAGAUCGCAGCAGGAGAAGAGGAGAGACGAGGCACGGUGGCGGCUGCUGGCGAGGAAGGUGGUGACGGCCAAGGCCAUGUCGUCCCUGUCGCAGGUCACGAUGAUGAGGAGGAGGAGGAGGCCUCCCGAGGAAGAAGCCAAGGAGAUGUGCAGACCCAGUCGCGCUCGCGGAGCAAGAAGCUUCAAGCUCGGCAAUGGCAAGUAGCUUGGACAUGGCGGCCGGCAGAUUCUUGCCAGGAAUCUUUGAUUUUUUUUGUACUGGGUGAUCGUGUCGAGAUUUGUUGUGUAAAUGGUUAGGGGAUUAGGGAGAAGUUCUUGGUGUGCUGAUUUCUCUUCGAGUUGUAGGAAUUUGAUUUUAUUUAUUUAUUUAUUUAUUGACACUGUCGGGUCUGGAUCACGGGCCAGAAAAUGGAUGACCCGUGAAAAUGCAUCAUGGGCUUUUUUC